AUGCAAGCCAAAGAGUUACAAAAAAAAUUGUAUACAUUCUGGUUCAAUGACUUCAAGUAUGGAGAUCCCAUCUCAAACGAUUUGAUAACGAGGUGGUUUAACGGUGGUAAGGCCGUAGACGAUGCCUGUCGUGAAGGGUUUGGAGAUGUGCUAGAGGAGAUUAAAAACGAGAGAAAAUAUAUUGAUGAAAUGAAACAAACGCCUCAGGGCGCACUCAGCCUAGUAAUUCUUCUCGAUCAACUUCCUCGCAACAUUUAUCGUAAGACUGCCAUCCCUUUCCGGGUAUUCGAUCCAAUGGCACGGGAAAUAACUCGUUACGUCCUUGAGAAUAAGUGGGACGAACAAGUAAAUCACAUCGAAAGAAUCUUCUUCUACUUGCCCCUUGAACAUUCCGAAAAUCUGCAAGAUCAAGAACUCUGCAUGCAGAAGUCACUUGAAAACUGGAAUUCGGCUCCUCCUGUAUAUCAAGGCAUUUUGAAAACAGAUCAUGACUUUGUUUUGGAACACUAUGAGAUAAUCAAGCGUUUCGGCAGAUUUCCUCACAGAAACCAAGUGCUCGAGAGGGAAUUUACACCGGAGGAAAUUGAAUACAUGAAGAGUGGACCAAAUACAUUUGGCCAGUAG